UUGAAAUUGCGAAUUUCAUAAACGGAGAGGAAAUAUUUCGUUUGAUACUUCCGUCACUCCUGAAGUGCCACACAUAUUGUGGGGACGGAUGCGGAGCUGUAAGGUACUUCAGGUUGACUGGUGAAUGUGUUCUGUUCUCUGAAGUCCUGCUGCUGACAGAUGCUGCAAAUGUGACGUCAUCUCUUGACGCCAUGGAGUACCGAAAGAUUUCGCCACUGGAAAAUCGUUUUCAGGCGGUAUUUUCCGGAGGAGGAAAAUCCUGGGAAGACGCGCUCAAUUUUUGCGAACAUCUUGGUUAUGGGUUAGCAACGAUACAGGAUCAACUAGAUUUUGACGCAUUGGCAGCAACGAUAAACAAAACUCUUAUCUAUGAAGAAGCUGCUGGCUGUUCCGAAAGGGCUUGGCUUGGUGGCGAAAAGGAGGUAAACGUCUGGAAGUGGAACAGAAGGGAGGUAGUUGAAGAAAACUGGCCAUUUUGGGGCGUGGGGCAGCCAGAUCAUGGUGGAAGGGCUUGCAUGAGAAUUCUUUUCAUGGCUGAUAAAUGGUUGGCUGUCAAUGACCAUAAAUGUACCACAGCCAUGUGUGCCUUUUUCUGUGAGUAA